GCUGGCACCGGGUCGGCAGUCAGUCAGAGUCAGACAGUCAGCCUCCUGAGCAGGACGGUGCGAGUCACGUGUGAGCGAGACAGAGACAGAUCGAGUCCUCCCGAGCCGAUACGGGCAGCCAGUGCGCGACACCACGCUCCUCCUCUGCUACGCUACGCCACGCCGUGCUACAACGCCUGCCGAGCAACCCGAACGGAACGGAACGUCAGUCGCUUGUUCGCGUUCGUCGAGUGCAGUGCCGCGCAGUGCCGUGCAAAGAAGUGCGCGCCUUCCCCGCAUUCGCCAUGGAAAAGUUUUCGUUGACGCUGUGCCUCACCCUGUGCGUGGCCCUGGUGGCGAUCCAGAGCGCGGACGCCGCGUCCCUCGCCGCCUCACUGCCCAAGACUUUGGAGAGGAUAGCGCGCUCCGUGUCACCCAGCGACACCUCCAACGCGGCGGCCGCGGGGGCGGGCGAGAUGGGCGAGCAGAAAGUGUGCCACAGCACGACGCCGUGCGGAUGGGCGGUGUACGUGCCCUUCACCCGUCGCGUGGACUACUUCAUGAAGAACACGUGCGAGUGCCCCAAGGACCGAGAGUGCCUGCGCACGGACGACGACCUCUCCGUGUCGGCCUACGUCUACCGGUGUAGAACGGCGGACAAGCAGGACAAGCCGGGCGACUCGUAACCCAGAGCCGAGCCGACGGAGCCUGCCGCGAGCCGAGCCGGGCCGAGGCCAAGGGCGUCGUGACCGUGGUCCUGGACAGCGGCGGGCCCCCCAGCGGGGCAGAGGGACAUGAGCCGAGCGGGACUCGGAGGGGAGGGGGAGGGGGGCCUAUUUAUGUAUGCCAAAUGUAGUCAAUGUAUUUAUAUCGUAUUUAUCACAGUAUACCGAGGUAUGCGUGUGUGUGUUUUUAUGUUGUGUGCAAGAGAGCGUGAGCGAGAGAAUGUUGAUCAUAAUGUGAAAGAAAGUGUUUGUAUUUUUAUGCCAAAAAAUUGACGCAAAUGUUAUGCCAUUGACGCCAAGGCUUGAAAGCAGUAUUCUAAUUCUGAUUCGUACUUAAAACAGUAGUUUCUCGAAUAUUACCAAUGGUAAAUAGAUGUUAGGUGUAGGAUUUAGUGCUCAAUAUUUAUGUACAACCAAAUAUGAUAGAGUUAAGGCAAAUGGACUGAAGUAGUGUACUGUAUGAUGUAAGGUCUCCAACAGUACAAUUGGUGUUAAGUACACUAAAAUCUCAGGGCAUAGCCCUCAAGAGAGUACAACAGUGUUUGUUUCCUUUUUAAAAUGUAGAGAUUCCAUUUCCAAAUUGCAAUAAUCUGAUCAUUUACUUACAUCAUGAUUCACACAUAAAUUAAGACCAUGUCUCAAUCUUGCUUGGAAUGUCUUCAGCAACAUAGGCUUUGCUGCGAGUUUUAAACUCAAGGCAUCAGCCUCUGAAAACAGAUGUUGAGAUUCACCUAAUUUCUCCCAGUAUUGGAUUGACUGUUUGUCUGAGUUCCUUAUAUGAUACCAUUUAAUAGUUUCCAUAUUGUUCCUGAUUAGGCCUUAGAAUCUCUGAACUAAGUUCCAUUAUUUUGUAUGAUAGCUAUGCAGGUCAAGCUGUUACUUUUGUAAUAAUAAAAUUAUUUGCUGUAUCCAUGUUUGCUCAAAAUGUCUCUAGAACUCUGUCAGAACCAUUUAAAAAAUGUGUUGAGAGAGUUUUGAAGAUGGCAUUGUAUUUUAAUCCCAGCUUUAAAGAUUUACUGGAAAACGGUGUUUUAAAAUGUACCUGGAUGUGCUUUUAUCAAGUUUAUGACAAAUAUGAUGAAAUCAUUAUGGUAUUUCUCUGUAACAACCAAUUUCUUGACUGGAAUAUGACAGAUAUUUGUUUUAUUAGCUGCCAUAUAUUGACAACAAACAUGUUUCAUUUAUCAGUGCUCAGUAUUUUUAUAUUCUUACUACUUCAACAUAUUUUUUAUCGGAAAAAGAGAUUUAAUAAAAGUUAUCCUCUCCGUGA